AUGAAGUUCCUCGCCUUCGCAGCCCUCGCGGCCGCCGUCGUUUCGGCCUUCCCUGCCCUUGAGCUCCCCACCGGCAUCCCUCGCUCUCUCUCCGAGUUCAAGGAGAAACACCCUUACACAGCCAAGCGCAGCAAGGCGCAUUGCCGGAAGACUAUCACCAUCCGGGCCUCCAAGACCGACACCGACGAUGUCGCCAACGACUUCCUCAGCGGUCUCAAGCAGGCCAACAACGGUGGCACCCUCUACCUCCCCAAGGGCAAGACCUUCGUCAUCGGAAAGCCUCUCGAUUUGACCUUCCUCAACGACGUCCAAGUCCACCUCGAGGGCGAGAUCAAGUUCACCAACGAUACGGCCUACUGGCAGAAACACGCCUUUGCCCACCCAUUCCAGAACAGCCUCAUGUUUUGGAAAUGGGGCGGCAAGAACAUCAAGAUCUACGGCAACGGAGUUCUCAACGGCAACGGUCAGCGGUGGUGGAAUGAGUUCGCCGGCCUGGAGAUCCUCGAUCCCAGCAACACGUACCUGCGCCCGAUUCUGUUCUACGCCGAGAACGCUACCGGUCUCGAGUUCGAGGGUAUUCACUUCAAGGACUCGCCCUGCUGGACCACCUUCUUUGUCACCUCCAAGCACAUCUCCUUCAAGGACGUGGCCUGCACGGCCGAGUCCAACAACGCCACCGCUCUUCCCAAGAACUCAGACUUCUUUGACUCGCUCAAUGUUGAGCAUGUCAGCGUCGAGCGGGCGUGGGUUAAUGUAGGCGAUGACUGCUUCUCGCCCAAAUCUAAUGCCACGGACUUGUACGUGAACACCAUGUACUGCAAUGGCACUCACGGACAAUCGAUGGGCUCCAUUGGCCAGUAUGCUGGUGAGAAGAGCUUUAUCAAGGAUGUGGUUAUUGAGAACUUGUGGAUGUUGAACGGCCAGCACAGCGCUCGUUUGAAGUCCUGGGCUGGCCCUAACGUUGGCUAUGGCUUCAUUGACAAUGUCACGUUCCGCAACUUUUGGAAUGCCAAUAAUGAGUACUCUGCCUUCCUAGACUCUUGUUACUUCAACAUCAACGCCACUACUUGCUCGCAAUACCCCUCCCAGGUCAACAUCAGCAACGUCAACUUUGAGAACUUCUCCGGAUACACAUCGGGCAAGUACGGCCGCGCUGUCGCUCGUCUGACUUGCAGCCCCAACGCCGUCUGCGAGAACAUCAAGUUCAAGAACUUCAGCGUCACUAGCCCCUGCGGUGGUGAGCCUGUUGUUAUUUGCGAUGGCAUCAGCGGUGACCUUGGUAUUCCUUGCGUCAAGUCAACUAGUCCGGAGGCGACAGCCGCGUUGAAGGACAAGUGCUCAACCGCUAUGGCGACACUUCCGAAGCCAACGCCGUGGUUGUAG